CGCAAAAUGUCUACAAACGCAAACCCGCCCACCAGCUGCAUAUCCGACUCUCGAAGACCCAUCCGUUUCGUCUCAACCGCUCAUCUUCUCACCCCUCCCUGCAUCCUGAGAGCCCAUCGCUUUCCCCUGAUCUGAUCCUUCCAUCAAGGCGAUCAUUGAUGGACGAAUCAUCCCGCCUCCAUCCCCAUCCUCUUCGUCCUUUGGUUCCCCUUGAUCACCUGCGGGUCCUACUUCCAGGGGAUCAGGUGGCGGUGGUGGUGGAGGAGGGCCCAUAGUACGGUGGUGGGAAUGGGGAAGGGACUGGGCACUACUUUAUGGAUUCGGCCGCGUAUUUUCUGAGUGAUGCAAGGAUAUGUUGGAGGAAUUACUAAUUUGACUGAUAUUCUGAGGGCGAGGCAAGGAUAACGGAGACGAAGCCCAGCAUGGGACCCUUAUAUGUACAUCUUCUCCCCUUUGCCAUUGUGUGCUAAAGAACCGUUUACCUGCUUCAUCCAAGUUCUCUCCCUUCUGCCGCUUCAGCAUGGACGUCAACAACGUAGGAAAUGGGUUCAGUGCUUUGAAUUCGUAGCCCAGAUCAUUUUCUGCGUGGCGCCAUCAGAAUACGGUCAACCAUUGACCGAGAAUCCUACUCAGCAUUGGAUGGAGCCCUUAGCGUUGUUCGAUUCUGUGAUGAAUCCGGGAUCGUUUUUCUCGACGUCUUUUUGAAUAUGGUGGAGAAGAUUGCAGGGAGGGCUAUAGCGGAGGGACAGAGUGCUGGGAAUGUGAGUGGUUUCGGAGUGGGAGUAUGGGGGAUAGGAAGGUAAAUGGGGAUGUGGGUGAGUGGAGCGUGAGAAGAUUAGGAGAGCCAUUGGAGAGCAUCUUUCUGGAGGAUAACGGGCGACAGCAAUAUGAUCAAGGCGGCCAAGUUAAUUUGUGGAAGUUUUCACGGCGAUCUGGGCGAAGUUGAGCUCUUAUCCUCAAUGGAUUGUUCCUUUGGUGGAGCGGCUUAUGAUUGGUAAUUUGGUUCGCCUUCUGGCCUGACCCAAGCAACUGAUUCGAGAAAUGGGCG